AUGAUCAACGUGGCGGCCAUGAAUACAGCAUCUUCCCCCUCUGAACCACUAACAUCUAUACGUUCACCUUUUUCUAGUUCUAUAUCCAGAUCUUUAUUUGUUCAUAAUGUUCAUCAAUAUCUUUCUCGUCUCUCCGAAUCGCCCUUUAGUCGGAAAAUCCUCCGAAAUGUGCGUCUUUUCAUCCUAGUACUUGGCUUUGUCACCUUAAUAUUGGACGCUAUCACGCUAUCAUUUGAAUCCAAUGUAAUGAACUUGGAGUUCACAGAUAUCUCCACUCAAGCUGCUUUGUUGUUAACACCCGAUCUUCUAGCCAUGAUGAUGGCUUUAAUGUUGUUGAUUUAUGCUUCUAAUAUGUCCUGCUGUUGUUUCAACACUAUGGCUCCUGACAACGACAUUGGCAACAAUAACGAGGGAGAAGAAGUAAGAGUAGACUUCUCAGAGAACCCUCAAGAGUCGUCACCAGCCCCAACCGCUGCUACUGCUGCGACAGCAGACAGACAGGUUAUAGGAGAGUCUGAGCAUCAGCCUAACCUCGAGCAUUCAAGUGACCAAUAUUGGCCGUUACAAAAACGAGAACAAAGAGAUACCCUUGAAGAAGAGGAGUCGAUAAGGCAAAGAAGAACGAAAGAUCAUGUUGGAAUUGAACACCAGUCCGUAAUGCCUGCACCUGUCAUCACUGUUACUCCUCCGACAGACCAGAUCCUCUCUUCUGUUACUAAUGCACAAUCGCUCACAACAGAAUCAUCAGUUGAAUCACAAAUUUCUGAUCCAAUUACAAAUUCUGCUCCACAUUCUUUAAUACCUUCAUCAUCAAAUGAGCUGAUCAAAAUAACGACAACUGCUGAAAAAGAGCUUUAUCUUUAUAAAGAACGGCGAAGGCGAGUCGUUCUUACACUCUACAUCAUUUCCCGAGUGAUAUUCAGUCUUGGACUCGUUGCUCUUGCACUGUAUUGGCCAGCAGGUCAGAUGAAGCCGCCUGUUGGUUACCUCCCUAAUUUGGAUGAGCCUAUGUAUCCUCACCAUAGAAGCGAUACCAGCACUUCCAGCUCUAUAACCGAAGCACUUUCUAAGAGGAGAAUAGAUAAUUUCAACAGCAGUGCCAAGAAGCUUCUAAUUAAAAGAGCUCUUCCGACCCGUAUAAUACCAGAAUACCCGUUAGAGAACUUCCGCUCUCUAAACCGACUCGCGGUGACGAGAGAAGAAAACAAACUUCAUGAGAAAUCCGAUGAUGUUGCAAACAACAAUAGUAAAGGCUUGCAAUCUAAGCACUGGUGCGCGCUCGAGCAAGCGUUUGGAGACAACCAGAGUGCGAAGGUUUAUUGCCAGGUCAAUACAAUAAGACCAGGUGUCACCUAUGGAUGGGUGGGACUUGUGAUAGUUGAAUUAUGUUUGGCGUUUGCAGUUGGAGAUCUGAAUUUGAACAAAAGACACUUGCUGUUACGACGUGCAGACCAAUUGGUGAAUCAAGGGCUCGGUAACGAAUCAGCUCAAGUUCUCGAGCAGGAAGUGAAUCAGAUACCUAUCUUUAAUGAUAACAGUUAA